AUGCAGAACACUUCAAGUCUCCCCGCCUCACCCGUUGGUGUUAAUGUUCAAUAUCCACAACUCAUCCUCGAAGGGAAGCGUACCGGCUAUUACAUCACAUUUACUCUGUUCAUCCUCACACUAUGGUUGAUACUACCAAAGAAGCAAAGAUCUCAACUCGAGGUUCCCUUCUACAAGGCUUCCAAGAAGAACUGGAUCUUUGAUGCUGAAACAUUAAUUAAAGAUAGCUACACAAAGUUUCGCGAUCGAGUAUAUCAGAUCAAGGCCACCGAGGGAGUACAAGUCUUGGUACCUGCAAGCCUAGUUGGUGAACUCAAGGGACUCCCAGAAGAUGUCCUCAGCGCAACAGAAGCAGUGUCAGACGCUCUGCAAAGCAAGUACACAAAGUUCUCACCCGGUCACAACGGCGAAACACUUGCACUGUUGAUCCGAACAAAGUUGACUCAAAACCUCACCCGAGUUGUGCCUCGCCUCAGAGAAGAGCUGGAGUACAUACUAGCCACCGAGUUCCCUGCUUGCGAGGACUGGACGCCUGUGAAAUGGCAACCCUUUAGUCUUCGUGCCGUCACCCGCCUGAGCGGCAGAGCUUUCGUCGGCCCCUCCCUCAACCGCGACGAGAAGUGGAUGGACACUACCAUCAACUUUGCCGUCCACGUCUUUACCGCAUGUGUCAAGCUCCAGUUCAUCCCAGAGUGGGCUCGACCUGUUGGCCAAUAUUUCGUGUCAGAGCUACGCCAGAUUCGCAAGGAUAUCAAGAUCGCUAAGGAACUGCUUGAGCCUAUCCUCAAGGAGCGACUGCAAAACAUGGAACUCUCCAACGGCGAGGACGCACCCGAUGAUAUGAUCCAAUGGCUUCUCGAAGCUCUGCCCGAGGAUGAAAAGUCCGAUCUUACAACCCAGGCCGAGUUGCAGCUCAUCAUCGCCGCCGCAUCUAUCCACACCACGAACAACUUGCUCUGCGAAUGUCUUUGUGAUCUGGCAGCAUACCCAGAAGUCCAAGAGGAACUCCGACAGGAAGCUUAUCAGAUUCUCGAAGUGGAGAACGGUUGGGAGAGGAAAGAGAGCUUGGCUAAGCUCAAGAAGCUGGACAGUUUCAUGAGAGAAGUCCAGCGCCUGAGCGGAAACAUCACAUCUUUUAUCCGCAAGGUCAUGAAGCCCAUCUCUCUCUCCGACGGUACCCAGCUGCCCGCGGGCACAAAGGUCCUCGCCCCCCAAGCUGGCAUUGCUCUUGACGAGCGCUAUUUCCCCGACCCCGAGCGUUUUGAUGCCUUCCGGUUCUACAAGCUUCGCCAAGAGUCAAGUGAGGCCAACCACAGAUGGCAGUUCACCUCUCUUGAUGACACAUACACCAACUUUGGCGCGGGCAAGCAUGCAUGCCCUGGACGCUUCUUUGCCAACAAUGAGAUGAAGCUUGUGUUGGCACAUUUACUCAUCAACUACGACAUCCGCCUCAAGCCAGGUCAGGAUAGACCCAAGCCAAUGACUGUAGUCAUGGCCAAGGCACCUUCUCCAGAUACAGAACUGGAGUUCCGACGAAGAUCACUGGUAGCUUGA